GAAGGGGAAUAUUAGUUUGUGCUGAAGGCGACAGCCACAGAAUUUCGAGGUAGUUAUUUUGUUGCCGUCCCUUUGUGAAGAUUUUUGGUCCGGCGGCCUCAUGGUUUUCCGGUCACCCUUAGAGAUUUACCCAUCACACCUUUUCCUGCCUAGCCUCGCGGACCGGCCCCUGCUCUUGGCCGGUGCCCUUCCCAGAGCGCGGUCCCCGGAGGAUUUGCCCAUGUUUCAGCUGCCAAGCCUAAACUUCUCGGCCGAACAGGUGGCCAGCGUUUGUGAGACGCUGGAGGAAACAGGAGACAUUGAGAGACUUGGCCGAUUUCUAUGGUCCCUGCCGGUGGCACCGGGUGCCUGCGAUGCCAUUAACAAGCACGAGUCCAUUCAGCGAGCCCGCGCUGUGGUUGCCUAUCAUACUGGGAGCUUCCGCGAGUUGUAUCACAUCCUGGAGAACCAUAAGUUCACUAAAGACUCUCACGGCAAACUUCAGGCUAUGUGGCUGGACGCGCACUAUCAGGAAGCCGAGAAGCUCCGCGGAAGGCCCCUUGGACCCGUUGACAAGUACCGAGUACGAAAGAAGUUCCCUCUUCCUCGGACCAUCUGGGAUGGAGAGCAGAAGACACAUUGUUUCAAAGAACGGACACGCGGACUUUUACGAGAAUGGUAUCUCCAGGACCCGUAUCCAAACCCCAGCAAGAAAAGGGAAUUGGCACAAGCCACGGGACUAACGCCCACCCAGGUGGGCAACUGGUUUAAGAACCGGCGGCAAAGAGAUAGAGCUGCAGCAGCCAAAAAUAGGCUUCAGCACCACGGCCUGGGCCAGGGCAGCCUACGAUCUCUGUCCGAAGCAGGCUGCACCCCUCACAGCUCAGCCGAGUCCCCAACCGCCAGCGUGUCCAGUCUGAUGGAGCGAGCGGACGCAGGCACCAUCCUUUCUGUUACGGACAGUGACUCUGACUUUGAUGUUUAAGUGCGACGACAGUGUUGACCUCCCGUGAACUUGGACCAGAAAAAGAGAAAGUUUUCGGUUGGGCAAGAGUGGGACCAAUCGGUACAAACAAAUAGUUCUUGUGAGAAUUGAAAGACUAAUGGCUAGCAUGUUGAAAACGCCUUUGCAGACAGGCGCUGCCUCUUCUCACCCUGUAAAGCCUGCAUGAUAUGGUUCGAUGUUAAUUUUAAAAAUACGGUUGUUUUAUUAACGUGAACAAAUUGACCGAGACUCUUGGAGGAAACAGUCCCUCGACACUUUUCAUAAAGCUGACCUCUCUUUUUUGUCACAUCUCAGCAGGAGGAUCAUCCUUUCAUAUUAGAUACUCUAUUCAGACAAUCGUUUUAGUCGAAAGCACCUUUCCCGUCACCUUCGGCCGCAGGAAGGUUUCCUACCUUUUCAUGUCUAAACCUGUGUGUGUGUGUGUGUGUGUGUGUUGAUGAGAGAGAGAGAGAAAUAAGUGUGUUGAGAGAGAGAAAGAGAGAGAGAGAUAAAACAGAGAGCACGUAUGCAAGUGUGAAGAGAGAGUAUAUUUGAUUAUUGUGUGUAGGUCUACAAUGUGUAUGUCAUGUCAGUAUGCUUCUUUCCUUUGAAAUUCUACAUUUUCUCCUCCAUGAAAUGUGUCUAAAUAUUUGUAAAGUGCUUUGAUAUUUCAGUGUUUGUGCGUUUUAUACUCUAAAUAGGUUUAUGGCGCUGAAGAACAGUGUUAUGGGUCACUUUUAUGCAAAUAAAUAUAAUUUAAUAUAAGUAUAA